AUGUGGUAUCUGUAUUACGGACCCAAUUAUACAAGACCAAAUCAAAGUUAUCUCCCCUUUUAUAAAUAUCAACAAAAACAAGUGCAACAAGAACAUAAGAAUAUUAUGAAUAUACAUCUUUUUGAACGAUAUAUGACUUCCAUAUGUUAUCUUGAGAUAUAUCGUGUUCGAAAAGAACUUAAACGAAUGAAAUCAAUUCAACAUAGAUUAAAGAAAGAAAAAUAUAUUCUUCGUGUUACAGAUAAAAGUGGUAUAUUUCAUAUUGGUCACACAAUAUAUUAUGAUAAGAAAGUAAGAAGCUGUCGACAAAAGACUGGAGCUUAUAUUGAAUUAGAAUCUAAUCCAUUCUGAACAGUAUUUUAUCAAGUUGUUCAUUUACUCAACGAUCUUCGUAAAAAAAGACACA